AUGGAGCGGCCUAGCUCAGGGCCCAAGAGCCUCUUCCCCAAGGGCCCGAGCUUCACCUUGGAGACCUUUUCGAGCAAGGACUUUAUUGUCCGAGACUUUGUAGACAGCCUCGCCGAGAGCGCCGUCCCAGCCAACCGUCGCUCCGGCCCCGCGCAAGCAGCUUUCGACUCGAAGCCUUUGAUCCGCACCUUCGAAAAUGCCCUAUCGCAGCUCGCAUCUCUCGGCGACGAACUCCAAGAGAAAGAAUCCGAACUCCUCUCCCAGGUCCGGAGGGCCGAGAUCCAGCACGACCAGACUCUCGACACCCUUGGCGAGAAACUCGACCAGUCCAUGAGCUCCUUCGAAGCCCUUGACGUUUCGCUCAACUCGGGAGGCAUCAACGUGCCCGACUCCAACGGCAGGUCCGAUGGCGGGGGGAACGUCGCCGUGCAAAUUGGCGAAAAGCUCGAGGAGCUGGAUCGGAAGCGACGGCGAGCACAGGAUGCCAUCUUCCUCAUACAAUGCUGGACGGAAGUCAGCGAAACAGGCCAGCUCACCUCCCUCGACGGCAUCCAGCGACAGGGAGGCGCUGACAACAAGGUUCGGUGCGCCGUCAUCGCCCGCCAGCUGAUGCGCAUUAGCCAGCAGCUCGAUCCCGCUUCCUGGGGACACGCCAAUGGCCAGCGGAAUGGGGCUGCCGACGGCUUGAACAAAGCUCACAACACCCGUGAGAUAUUGGAGAAGUUCUGUGAGACCCUGGAGCAGGACCUUCUCAAGCAGUUCAACAACAGCUAUAGACGACAAAACUUUGAUGACAUGUCGGAAUGCGCAAAGGUCCUGUACGACUUCAACGGCGGCGCCAGCGUCAUCGCCGUCUUUGUCAACCAGCACCAGUUCUUCAUCGACCGAGACCAGCUCAUGAGCGACGAGGUGACGGCCGACGGCGAGAUGUGGGAAGCCCUGGCAGACCCUGACGCGGAUCCGCCCGGGGUCGAGGCAAGCCUCCAGUCACUCGUCGACGAAGUCAAAAUAGUCAUGCAAGAAGAGUCCUUCAUCAUCAGGCGGGCCUUUCCCUACUACGAGACUGUCCUCGUCAAGUUUAUCCAGCGAGUCUUCCAGCAAUCCAUUCAGCAACGCCUCGAAAAAGUCCUUGACAAGGCCGAGACGAUUUCCGCCCUGGCCUUCUUGAGAUCCCUUCACUCGUCGAGAAGCUACAUCAGCUCCCUCAUCGAAGACCUGAAGACGCAUGGCCUGACGGAGAACCCAGAGCCUUGCUCGGCGCAGAUCGCGCAAGCCCUCGACCAGCAGAUGGACGAGCUGUUCGUCCCCUACUUGGUCGGAACGACGUACAUUGAACGCGAAAAGAAGAGCUUGGAGGAAAUGUACAGCUCCCUGCUCUUCAGGUUCACGAUAUACCACUCGCGGCGGAAAAAAAUGCCCACGGGCUUCAUGGCCUCUCUGGCCCAACAGGGAACCCAGCUCAUGGCCUCGGCCAAGGAUGCCUAUUUGGAGCGGCUCGAGUCUUCGGACCUGACGCCGACGCAGAAGAGGCUCAUGCUGCGACUAGGCGGUCUUCAAGACAAGGAAAACAAAAACGAGAUUGAGGUAUCGGAAGAAGACGGCGCCUUGAGCGUUGAAAGCGCCAAGAGAAUGCUCAAGUGGCUCGCCGAGAGCGUGCAACGGACCCUGGAGCUCGGCUUGCGGGCCGAAACGCCCAAAGACAUGAACGUAUUCCUGAACCUACUGCUCACGAGCAUGGGACAGGUCUACAUUGAGACUGCGCUCGACGCAGCGCACAUGCAGGCCACCAUGCUAGAGAACGCAAAAACGGAGCCCGAUCUGUCCUUCCUGCCCGACGUGCGGCCGGCGGUCACCGUGUCGUCCAUUAUGGAGCGGUUCAUCAGGAUCGUGCUCAUCCGCCUGGCCGAGUCGAACACGACAGUGCGCAAGAGCAUGGAGGCGCAGAAGAAGACGGCCCUCGACUCGAUCGAAAGGAAGACCAACACCGUCUUGAAGGUGUCGCUCGACGUCAUCACCAACUGGACGUCCAAGUCUCUGAGCGGCCAGAAGAAGCAGGACUUUCGACCAAAGGAUGCGGAGCUCGAGUUUCUUCAGACUCCGACGUGCCUGAGCAUCUGCACGUUUCUCGGCCGCGCGAGCAAGCACGCGGGCAACGCCAUUGACGGGCAAAACGCCGAAAAGUUCUUUAGCGAGCUGGCCCUUGCGAUCCACCAGCUGCUGUUCGAUCACUUCAAAAAGUUCCAAGUCAACGCCACGGGCGGCCUCAUGGUCACCCAGGACAUCGCCAAGUACGUCGCCACCAUGAGGGACUGGCCGCUCAGCAAGGACGUGGCGGCAGCCGUGGAGCAGCUGACCGAGAUUGGGUCGCUCUUCAUCGUCGGGCCGGAGGCGCUGCGGGAGAAGUCGAGGACGCUGGCGCCGGGGCAGACUGGGGCCAGGGGGAAGCUGUCCAAGGCCGAUUUCCGGGCGUUUGUGCAGCGACGUGACGAUUCGGGGUCGGUGGGCAUUCAGGGCGUCCUGGCCGGGCUGUGA